AAAUUCUUGCAAUGAACCAUCUGCUUUAACUCUUGUUUUACACUCAGUUCCUAAGAACAACUCUGGAGAUGAUAGACGACAGUGCCUGGAGCAGGCAGAUAAGCCUUGAGUUGAGCCAGCAGAUGGCCGGCUACGCCAGCCCCUCCAAUGAGAAGAGUUUCCUGUAUAAGGCGCUAGGAACAUCCUUGGCAGUUUGUCAGGACCUGGUCCAUGUUAAAUCACAGCUUCAGCAAUUUCUGACAACAACAGAUUAUAUGGAAGUCCCUGAGAGACAGGACUACCACCGGGGGAAAAGAGGCAAGACUCUCAGCACCUUGAUGCUGACCUACAGCAGCGUGGCUGUCCAUGCUCCAAAAGACCAGCUUCUCUCCCGAGUAGAGGCAGACAUCACAGGGAACAUCCUUCUCCAUUACAGAACCAGUUGUCAGGUGCUGGGCAUCACUGUUGCGAACAAGGACAUGUACCUAAAAUUAACCCUCAUCCACAAUGUCAUGGAGAUUAGCUGUGCCAUCUUGGAGACCAGAGACUCCCAGGAGUUUGAAUUCUCUUACAAACUGGAGCUCCUUGGCUACAUGCUGGACUUCAUUAAAAGGAACCACUGGAUUCCCUGGCAUCUCCAGUUCGCUACAAGGCAAUUCUUGCCAUUGGACAUCUGA